AUGCAACACUUGAGGAAUAAUGAGGUUCGAAAGAUUGGAGUCUAUGGAAUGGCAAGAGUUCGGAAAACAAGUGUUGCCAAGCUUGACAACAAUAAACUCUUAAAUGGUGUAAACAGUUUCGAUAUCCUAGUAUGGGUCACUAUAUCGAGGAAAUGUAGUGUUAUUGAACUACAGAAGAAGAUUGUAAAGGCAAUGAAUGUCGUUAUUACCAAAGAUAAAGAUGAAACAUUAAGAGCAAGGAUGUUGUUUGAAAUUUUGAGUAAAAAUGGUAGAUUUGUUUUAAUCUUGGACAAAUUAUGGGAGAGGUUUUCCCUUGAAAAAGUCGGAAUUCCUAAAUCUUCUGAGGCUGAACUAGUGGUUGGUCAAAAUCUAAUGAAUUCUGUAGAUUUACUACCGAUUACAAGAUCAAUCGUUGAGUGUUGUGCUAGUUUGCUGUUGGUGAUAGUUAUAGUUGCCAGUAGCAUGAGAGGUGAAAAUAGCCUUCCAAUAUAG